AUGGUGUUGAAGCCGUUAGAGUUCUCCGAAUGUAUCGCUGAUACGCCAUGGUUUCGCCAAAAUCUUCACGAACACGAAGUGGUUCUCGAAGACGCCUACAAAAGCAUCAAGAAUAUCGAAACACAAUGUCGUGAGCUGAUCUCGUGCACAAGAAAGCUGUCUCUUGCACAGCGUGCGUUUGCGAAAACCCUGACAGAAUUUAAAAUUGAAACUGUCGGAACAACACAAACGGACGAUGAGCGAGUCAUUGGAAAUUGUCUAAAGGAGUUUGGUAAGCUUAUUAACCAAGUUGAAGAGGAGCGAACGAAAAUUCUCAACGAGGCUGAAACUCAUUAUUUGGAGCCGUUGAAAAGAUUCCGUGUUGAAGCAAUUGGUAAAACCCUACACGAAGAGAAGAGAAAAUACGAAAAGGAGAGUACGAAAUUUUAUCAAACGUUAGAAAAACAUCUUCAUCUUAGCACACAGCGUAGUUUCUUCAAGGCUUCCCUACAAUACGUGGCUGAGAUUCAGUCAGUUCAAGAACGAAUGAAGUUCGAGUUUGUCGAAACUCUCAGUUCCUUCUUAUAUUCUUGGCUAACGUUUUAUCAUGUCGGCCAUGUCAUCCACGAAGAUUUCAAGCCUUUUCUUGACGGAGUUCAGGAUAGAGUUCAGAAGACAAAAGAAAGCUAUAAAGCUACAAUAGCUGAAGCUGAGGAGCUCAAAGACAAGAUGCUCAAAACACAUGCUAAGGCGAGUCAAACAACUAAUCCGUCAGGGUCAACUGCUAGUGGAUCAUCUGAACGGUCAUCUACUAUCAAGCAAGGCUACGUAUACAUGCAGGAAAAAAGCAAACUACCCAAGACAAUAGGUAGAGAUGUGCUUGCUGGGAAAUGGACCAAGUACUACUGUGUUUAUUCAAAGGAAACAAGGAUUUUCACAAUGAUUCCCAUCACUGCAACAUCAAAAACGGACAUGAAAGGUGCUUUGGGCUUAUCUGUUUCAUUUAAGCUUAAGGAAUGUGUACGAAGAUCCUCAGAUAGUAUUGACAAGAGGUUCUGUUUCGACAUCAUAGCUGAUGAGCGACCGGAUGUGAUGACGUUUCAAGCACUUUCAGAAGAAGAUCGACGCCAAUGGAUUGACGCCAUGGACGGAAAACAGACGGUAGUGGUACUGAUAUAUUUCGACAACUUCUUUAAUUUGUACCCAAACUAA